AGCGACCAUGGCCAGCGCCACGACGACAUCGCCAACGGCAGCGCCCACGGCAGCGCCAGCGGCAGCAGAUGAGGCGCCUUUGCUGCAAGAUGAGUUUGAGCACCACGGCCAGACCGUCUCUGUCGUGCUGACACGUACUGCCAUCGAGCUGCGCUCCACCAGUCGGCCUGGAUCCUCCGGUCGCCUGCCGCUGGAGGAGGUGUAUGGAACUGCCAUCGUCGAGCGCAAUGCACAGCGCUUUGGCCUCGAGCUGUUUCGCCUGCACGCCAAGAAGGAAGGCGGCAAGGCCAAGCAAUUACGGGUGCGAGAUCGCUUCUGCUCGUCCGACCCGUCUCCUCUGCGCGCGCGCCACCCUCCAGAACCAGUGCCUCACAUCUGCGUGCUACAGAGCCUGCUCGAAUCCACCGAUCGCACCAAGCUGGAAAAUUGGUCCACCGUCAUUCGUCGCCAUGCCGCUUGCCAGCAAGAGAAUGGCCAUCCCCGGCACCUCUUGGUCCUCGUCAACCCCUAUGGUGGCACCAAGCGAGCCCCCAAAAUCUAUACCCGCCACGUCAAGCCCAUGCUCGAUCGUGCCGGCAUCCGUCACACGAUGCGCCACACCGAGCAUGCUUGCCAUGCCAUCGAAAUUGGAGCAACGCUCGACCUCGCCUUGUAUACGGGCAUUGUGGUCGUCAGUGGCGAUGGCUUGCUCAAUGAAAUGAUCAACGGCCUGCUUCACCGCGACGACUGGGAGGCUGCCGCUCAAAUUCCAAUCGGCAUCAUUCCUGCUGGUUCUGGCAAUGGGUUGGCCUGGUGCUUGGGCCACUUCCAGGUCGAAAAGGCCGUAUUUCACCUGAUCAAGGGCCACACCACGCCGCUCGACAUCUUCCGUGCCUGGCAAGGGCCAAAAGUACACUACGGUUUUCUCUGCCUUCACCACGGCCUGAUUGCUGACGUUGACAUUGAAUCUGAACAAUAUCGAUGGGCUGGCGCUGCCCGAUUUACCCUUUCUGGUGUUCGUCGCCUGUUGGGCCUUCGCCGCUACCCGACUCGCGUCUGGUAUCAACCUGCCGCAGCCUACGAUGAGAACCGCCUGCCUGCCACUGCACGCACCUUGCCCGAGGAUGACGUGGACGCCGCAAAUGCCGCCGCCAACCCCAAGAUCCGAUCACGCUGCCCGGUUUCACAGCUGGAGCGCUAUCCUGCAUCAGCACGGCUGCCCGACGAUCCCGCCAGCCACGGUUGGAAGUUGUUUGAUGGCGAGAGCUCAAUAGCUCUGGCACUCAACGCGCCCUGGACGGCUCUGCUACGCCACGGCAGUACGUUGUGCAAUACAAGCAGCCGUCGUUUUACACCGCCAAACCACACCGCGCUCAUAAUGUGGCGGGGAGGCUCAUGGUGCAUUUGUUUCCGUUUGCACAAAAGACUCAUUGGCCCUUUCCUGGAGCCAGAAAAGGCAGCGCACAUUGGAAAACCAUGGACACGCUACGUCCUGGUCAAGAAUGCCAUCUUUGAAUUUGCCGAUGACCGCGGCGUUUUGAACAUGGAUGGCGAGGUUUUGCCACAUGUCACGACGGCCAUGGACAUGAUGCCCAGUGUGAUGCGGAUCUACUCAAUGCAAGAUGUGCCACUGCCUGCUGAGGAUCCAGCCAACGUGCCUCCCGGCGGCAUGUUCUGUGAACCUGAUGAGCUGACGCCAGCUCGUGCAGACCAAGCUCGAUCGGUUGGCUCCUGUUAGUCAUGAAAACAAGAAAUGUUCAUUUUCGUUUUGCUCUCUCAUUCCCCUCCUCUUGAUGAUCUUGACUGUUUUUCGUUUCCUUGCUGGCUCUGCUCGCUUUUCCUUUCUCGCGCAAGUUUUCUUAUGAGCUUUCGACGACCCUGUUUUCUGCCUGAACCAAUGGAGUAUUGAACAAC